AUGGGUUCCAUUUCUCGAUUCCGAGAUAUAUCAAAACCCUUUGAGGAGCACUUUGUUGGAUCCGCCAUCUACCUCCACGACUCCGAUUACCUGAACACAGUCAAGCAAGGCCAGCAUGAAAGCCUCAAGGACUACAUGACGCGCUUCACAAAGAUAGCCAUAAGCAUACCCGACCUCCACCCCGAGAAAAUAGAAAAGCCUCACUAUAAAGACGACGACAAGUCACGGGACAGCAAAAAGAAUUUCAAACCAAUCCCACGAUAUGAGACCUACACCAAAUUCAACACCAAGCGCGAUGACAUCAUCAAUGAGAUAUUGAAUUCGAAGUUAAUCAAGCCACCACGGAAAGUUGGCAAUUACCCAGAUUCAAAGGGCACUGACCGAUCAAAAUACUGCUCUUUCCACCAAAAGUACGGACACAAUACCGACGACUGCGUCAUCGCCAAAGACCUGUUGGAGCGAUUAGCUCGGCAAGGUGGAGGAGCCACAAGUUCGGCAAGGAAAAGAUCUUACCAAGCUAUCCUUUUCAUCAACGCCGAUCAAAGUCAACAACAGUCGCCGCCUACAUCUCCACAAAUAACAUUCCAGACUGCCGAUCAUGACAACAGCGUAGCAGAUCUAGAUGAUCCCAUCGUAAUCUCCCUACAGCUCAUAGAUCUCCAAAUUAAAAGGGUGUUGCUCGACCCAGGCAGCAGCGCCGACGUUUUUUUUUACUUGACUUUCCAGAAAAUGAAACUGAGCGAUAACAUCAUCCGACCUUCCACUGGUGACUUGGUAGGAUUCUCAUGUGAGCGAGUCCCAGUUAUAGGCUCUGUGUGGUUACAAACCACACUCGGUAAGUUCCCUUCGUCAAAAACUUCAGACAUUCAAUACCUAGUUGUUGAUUGCUUCAGUCCUUAUAAUAUUAUACUUGGCCAACCUUUCUUAAAUAGGUUCGGCGCUAUAGUAUCUACAAUUCAUCUUUGUGUUAAGUUUCCUUUGCAGGACAACACAAUUGCAACCAUUCAUAGUGAUGCCCGAGAAGCCAGGGAGUGCUACAACAAUAGUCUCAAAAGACCUCACCGUAACACAAAAGCCCAGGUUCACAAUAUCGGCAACACGAACAACCAACACAUGCUGGCCGACCUUGAUCCUAGAGGAGGAACACUGGAAAGGCCGACUCCAACAGAAGACCUAGAUAAAAUCUUCUUCACAGAAAACACGAAUAAGUUCACAUACGUCUAG